GUGCUGUGCCGGUGCCGGUCCGCGGGGUGGGACCGUGCAGUGCCGUAGCCCGUGUGUGGGGCGGAGCUGUGCCGGUGCCGCUACGCGGGGCUGCGCCGGUGCCGGUGCGUGGGGUGGAGCCGUGCUGUGCCGGUGCCGGUCCGCGGGGCGGGGACGAGCUGUGCCGGAGCCGGGGCGUGGGGCGCAGACGAGCGGUGCCGGUGCCGGUCCGCGGGGCGGACCCGGUGCCGUGCAGUGCCGUAGCCGGUCCGCGGGGCGACGCGCCCCUAUGAGCCGGUGAGGCCGCAGCGGUGCGGGAGGGAUGGCGGCGGGCGGCGGCGGAGGGCGGCCGCCGGGCCCCGACCCCGCGCUGGAGCCCUACGUGCAGACCCGCAUCUUCAAAAUCAUCGUGAUCGGAGACUCCAACGUGGGCAAGACGUGCCUGACCUUCCGCUUCUGCGGGGGCACCUUCCCCGGCAAGACCGAGGCCACCAUCGGCGUGGACUUCCGCGAGAAGACGGUGGAGAUCGAGGGGGAGCGCAUCAAGGUGCAAGUGUGGGACACAGCUGGCCAGGAGAGGUUUCGGAAGAGCAUGGUGGAGCACUACUACCGCAACGUGCACGCCGUGGUCUUCGUGUACGACGUGACCAAGAUGAGCUCCUUCACCAACCUCAAGACGUGGAUCGAGGAGUGCAAUGGGCACGCGGUGCCCCCGCUCGUCCCCAGGGUGCUCGUGGGGAACAAGUGUGACUUGAAGGACCUGAUCCAGGUGCCAUCCAGCCUGGCCCUCAAGUUCGCCGACGCUCACAACAUGCUUUUGUUUGAGACCUCGGCCAAGGACCCACAGGAAAGCCAGAACGUGGACGCGAUUUUCAUGUGCCUGGUGUGCCGGCUGAAGGCGCAGCGCUCGCUGCCCUGCCGGGACACGGAGGGCUGGCCGGCGCAGCCCCAGCCGCACCCCCGGCGGCUGGACGAGGCCAGCGGGAAGGGCUCCUGCCCGUGCUGAGCGGGACCCGCCCGGACCCCAAUAAAGGCUCUGAGCCCCCUG